CGACCAUUCUUCACCUCCAGCUUCUCAUCCAUAUUAAACAAUAGUAACAUAACAAAUAUAUACCAUUUAAAUAAAUAUAAAACAUUUGGAUAUAUAAUUUAAGCCUUCGUUACAGCCACCCUUCAUCUCUUCCGAGACCUCUCCAUUCCUAUCAAGAAAAAAUAUGGAGAUCACAAACGUUACCGAGUAUGAAGCAAUCGCAAAGGAGAAGUUGCCUAAGAUGGUAUAUGACUACUAUGCGUCUGGAGCAGAGGACCAGUGGACUCUUCAAGAGAACAGAAACGCUUUCGCUAGGAUCCUCUUUCGGCCUCGGAUUCUGAUUGAUGUGAGCAAGAUUGAUAUGACAACAAACGUCUUGGGUUUCAAGAUCUCCAUGCCGAUCAUGGUUGCUCCUACUGCCAUGCAGAAGAUGGCUCAUCCUGAAGGUGAAUAUGCUACGGCUAGAGCUGCGUCUGCUGCUGGAACCAUCAUGACACUCUCUUCAUGGGCUACUUCCAGCGUUGAAGAAGUUGCUUCCACAGGGCCAGGGAUCCGAUUCUUCCAGCUCUAUGUAUACAAGAACAGGAAAGUGGUUGAGCAGCUCGUGAGAAGAGCCGAGAAGGCAGGGUUCAAAGCCAUUGCUCUCACUGUAGAUACCCCAAGGCUAGGUCGCAGAGAGUCUGAUAUCAAGAACAGAUUCACUUUGCCUCCAAACUUGACAUUGAAGAACUUUGAAGGUCUUGACCUCGGAAAGAUGGACGAGGCCAAUGACUCUGGCUUGGCUUCAUAUGUUGCUGGUCAAAUUGACCGUACCUUGAGCUGGAAGGACGUCCAGUGGCUCCAGACAAUCACCAGCAUGCCAAUUCUUGUCAAGGGUGUUCUUACAGGAGAAGAUGCAAGGAUAGCGAUUCAAGCUGGAGCAGCAGGGAUCAUAGUGUCAAACCAUGGAGCUCGUCAGCUUGACUAUGUCCCAGCAACAAUCUCAGCCCUUGAAGAGGUUGUUAAAGCGACACAAGGACGAGUUCCUGUCUUCUUGGACGGUGGUGUUCGACGUGGAACUGAUGUCUUCAAGGCACUUGCACUUGGAGCCUCAGGGAUAUUCAUUGGUAGACCAGUGGUAUUCUCACUUGCUGCUGAAGGAGAAGCUGGAGUCAGAAAAGUGCUUCAAAUGUUACGCGAUGAGUUCGAGCUAACCAUGGCACUAAGUGGGUGCAGGUCUCUCAGUGAGAUCACUCGGAACCACAUUAUCACCGAGUGGGAGACUCCACGCCAUUUGCCCAAGUUAUAGAAAGAGGCAAACAAAAAAAAGAAAAAACAAUAGACCAGAGAACAGCAGCAACACAGAGCUAUGCAAUGGAUUAAACCUAUUGAUAUUCUUCUGAUUAAUCUCUUUGGCUAUUUAUUUCAAAAGAAUGGUUUCUCUGUCGUAUCCAAAACUCGCAAAACAAUGACUAGAGAUUCCCUUGUAAUGCUAUUUGCCUACUUCUACCUUCA